CCUCCGCUUUGCCUGUGUGGGGAGCCGCGGUGGGAGGCGCCCCGAGGUCACAGGGGUUAAAGAACCAGCAGGAACCAGCCCUGGCAGAGAAAGAAUGUCAGCAGCUUUUUAUUUAUGAAGAGCCACGUGUUAACACCAAUGUGCACAUGACAUGGAAGGGGUACAGAUUAUGGAAACCAACUUCUACUUCAACCUUGCAGGAGGCUGCAUGAAGUGUAACUGUGGUCAUGAAAGUUACAGUCAUCUUAAAAUUUAAAUUGUACGUCUUCCGGCAGUCUUUGUAAAGAAGCUUAACUGACAGCUCUACUUGACCAAAAUGGUGGACACUGAAAACCAGCUUUAUCCGCUUACUCCGUUGGAGGAGGAUGAUAUAGGCAGUCCUUUGUCUGGAGAGUUCCUACAAGAUAUGGAGAAUAUUCAAGACAUCUCUCAGUCUCUAGGUGAUGAUAGCUCUGGAGCUUUAAGUUUGACAGAGUUCCAAUCAUUGGGAAAUGGUCCAGGAUCUGAUGGAUCAGUUAUAACAGACCCUCUUUCAGCAGCCUCCAGUCCUUCAUCCAUUAAUUUUGCCACAGCUCCAGGUAGCAUAGAUGAAUCACCCAGUGGAGCAUUAAACAUUGAAUGUAGAAUUUGUGGGGAUAAAGCCUCAGGCUACCAUUACGGAGUACAUGCUUGUGAAGGUUGUAAGGGUUUUUUUAGGAGAACAAUUCGACUAAAACUCAUCUAUGAUAAAUGUGAUCGCAACUGCAAAAUUCAGAAAAAAAAUCGUAAUAAGUGCCAAUACUGUCGUUUCCAAAAGUGCCUUUCAGUUGGAAUGUCGCAUAAUGCAAUACGUUUUGGACGAAUGCCAAGGUCUGAGAAGGCAAAGUUAAAAGCAGAAAUUCUAACAGGUGAAAAUUAUGUAGAAGAUUCAGAAAUGGCAGAUCUUAAAUCACUUGCCAAAAGAAUUCAUGACGCCUACCUGAAAAACUUCAAUAUGAACAAGGUUAAAGCCAGAGUCAUCCUUGCUGGGAAAACUAAUAACAAUCCACCAUUUGUUAUACAUGAUAUGGAUACCUUGUGUAUGGCAGAGAAGACCCUGGUGGCAAAACUGGUAGCCAAUGGAAUUCAGAAUAAGGAAGCAGAAGUUCGAAUCUUCCAUUGUUGCCAGUGCACCUCUGUAGAGACUGUCACAGAACUUACUGAAUUUGCCAAAUCUAUCCCUGGCUUCUCCAAUCUUGACUUGAAUGAUCAAGUAACACUGUUAAAAUACGGAGUUUAUGAAGCCAUAUUUGCCAUGUUAGCUUCUGUGAUGAACAAAGAUGGCAUGCUGGUAGCCUAUGGAAAUGGUUUUAUAACCCGGGAGUUCCUGAAAAGUCUGAGAAAGCCAUUCUGUGAUAUAAUGGAGCCAAAAUUUGAUUUUGCAAUGAAAUUCAAUGCACUGGAGUUGGAUGAUAGCGAUAUAUCCCUUUUUGUGGCUGCUAUCAUUUGCUGUGGAGAUCGUCCUGGUCUUGUAAAUGUAGGACACAUUGAAAAAAUGCAAGAGAGCAUUGUGCAUGUACUGAAACUUCACUUGCAAACCAACCAUCCUGAUGACAUCUUCCUCUUCCCAAAACUUCUUCAGAAAAUGGCUGACCUCCGACAACUUGUGACAGAGCAUGCUCAACUUGUUCAGAUAAUUAAGAAGACUGAAUCUGAUGCACAUUUACACCCUUUACUACAGGAAAUCUACAGGGAUAUGUAUUAAGGAUUUUUAAUAUUUUUUUCCACAAUAUUUAAAGACAACAGCAAUAUUAAUAAUAGAUGGGAGCAAAAUUACUUGCACAGUUAUCUGCUGUUCACUCAGUCCGGAGCAUGAAAAAUCUAAAAGCUAGAUAACUGAGUGUUAUACUUCUUCUGGUUUGGGUUCUUCUGUCCUUUUUUGAAACAGUUCUCCAGAGAAAUAUCAAUCUUAAUGCUCAUGAAGUUGCUCAUAAAGGUUCAUUUAUUUGGAAAUUUGAGAAUUGGUAAGGAAUACAUAUUUGUAUAAUAAAUCAGAAUGCUGAUUGACAGAAAUGAACAAAAUUGUAUUUCCUCUUGGCUAAGUCAUUUUAGAAUUAAUAUAAUAAAUUCAGCAAAUUAUCUCCAGGUAUAUGCACAAUCAUGAAGAUUAUGCACUCUUGGCUAAUGGUAGUUACUGAGAACCAACUAAUGCUUUUACUUGACUAAGGCAGUCAGUCUAGAUGUAUCAAAUGGUUUGAUUUUACUGUAUAUACACUUCUAAAAAAAAAAAAAA